UGCAGCUGGACCUACUUGGAGAGGACAGACACACUGCUUCAGUCUCGUGAGGACAGCUGGUCAAAUAUGAGGAGACAAUGAAACGACGGCUCACACACACGCAACAUCUGAAAGCAGUGAACCAGGAAGAACCUGAACUCUCUGCUGUCAGAAGACUUGCAUGUUCAGACCUGCUGCUGGGUCUCAGCAUAAGAUCACUGCUGCACCUCUGAGCAUAGGGAUCAGGAUUCUGCUGGUCUGGACUCAGGAUUGUGGAUCAGGACUCUGCCUUGACUCAGACUGAGAUGAAUUCCUUGAACUUUAAAAGUGUGACGGUGAUUGUGCUGUUAGGUCUGCUGCUGGGAGUGAUGUACACCUACAAGACCUACAGGGUUUGUGAUCCAUGUGAGCUGACUGUCAGAUCUGCUGUGACCAUCAUCACUCAUGAGGUUCACCCGGUGUCUCCUGACCAUUUAAAAUACAAACAACCGAGCAUUAUCAACGGACGUAAGGACGUGGUGACGGUGACGCCCUGGUUGGCUCCUGUGGUCUGGGAGGGAACCUUUGACCCAGAUCUCCUCAACCCCAUUUACAAAGCCCAGAAUCUUAGCAUUGCAGCCUCCGUGUUCGCUGUGGGAAAGUACAUUAAGUUCCUGAGAGACUUCCUGGAGACAGCAGAGCUGCACUUCUUCGUUGGUUUUAAUGUGCACAUUUACGUCUUCACUGACCAGCCAAAGGCUGUGCCCCAAGUUAAGAUGGCUGCCGGCAGACAGCUGUCGGUGCGUUCGGUGCCCAGCGCCAAACGCUGGCAGGAAAUCUCUGCUCGCAGGAUGGAGCUGAUCCAGGAGCUGAUAGAGGCGGAGCUUCAUGGCAACAAUGACUACAUCUUCUGUCUGGAUGUGGACUCCAAGUUCCACGGCCACUGGGGGGUGGAGUCAUUGGGUGGACUGGUCGCUGUGAUCCAUCCAGGUUACUACAAAGACGACCGCAGUGUGUUCCCCUACGAGCGCCGGCCUUUGUCCACAGCCUACAUCGCUCCCGGGGAAGGAGACUUCUACUACUGUGGUGGAGCGUUUGGAGGCCAUGUUGGUGAAGUGCAGCAACUCGCCAAAACCUGCCGCCAAAACUUCAGGGACGAUGCGGAAAGAGAGAUCGAGGCCGCCUGGCAGGAGGAGAGUCACCUUAACAGGUACAUGUGGAUCAACAAGCCCAGUAAGAUUCUGUCUCCUGAGUAUCUGUGGCAGGACUUCAAAUCCAGAGAACCUGAAAUUCACAUCAUCAGGUUCUCUGGAGUCGUCAAGAACUAUGCUGAAAUCCGUCCCAACAUCUGAGAGACCAGGAAUCUCAGUCGACACACCUGAGGAACUGCUCUCUCUUUGACCUUGCUUGUGGUGUCCUUCGGUCAGCUGGUCCCAGGUCCUUGUGUGACAUUCACUGUGGCUAUCGUACAGCUGUUGACCGAACACUGCGCACAUUUUCCUCUUUUCAUGAUGUCGUGGAAGGCUGAGAGAUCGGUGGUUAACUGUUGGUUAGCUUUAGCAUGAGACCCAGGUGAGUCACAUGAUGUCCCUCUAUGGGACAUCAUAGAGGGACAUCAAAUCAGUGCACUGAUUUUUAAAAGCUUUACUCGUAUUUUACGAUGAUUGUAUCGUUCAGGCGUCACAGCGCCCUCCAGAGGAACUGAUGUUUGUGUUUGAGUUAUUUCAUUUGUUUGACAUGUUUUUGAGUCUGUUACUUUCAAUCAUUGUUUUUUUAUGACUUUUUAAAGAGAAACUAAAGAAAAAGUAAACACUG